AUGCCUACUACUCGUCGCCGCGGAGGCAACACUGCCGCCCGCUCGCAGUCAACCAUCUCCUUCGGUUCCAAGUCCAGAGUCACUAAACCAUCAGCCACCACACGCUCACAGAAAACCAAAGAUCUUGAGCCGAUCUCUGCCGCUGCUACGUCAACUGAGGAGGUCUCGGAGCCAGAGCAAGUUCCCGUUGCUCCCUCGGAGCCGUCGAAGCCGCACGUUGCGGAACUCGCUGUGAGACACCAGGCCCAGAAGGAGAUCCAACAACCCUUGUCGGAGGAGGACCAGAGGGCAAUUAAAAUUACUGAGCAAGAGUUGCAACGGUAUUGGCAGCAGGAAGAAGCGAAACGGAGAGGUCCUCGAGUUCAUCAGGAAGAUCUGUCGGUACAUGAGAAGAUCUUAAGACAUUUUGAUCUGUCAAGUCAAUAUGGACCAUGCAUUGGUAUCGCUCGGCUCAAGCGCUGGAGACGUGCGAACAUGCUGAAACUGAACCCCCCGAUUGAAGUCCUUGCCGUCCUAUUGAAGGAGAAGGAGACUGUCAAACAGAGGGCUUAUGUCGAUGAGUUGAUGUCUUGA